AUGGUUCUCAAAAGUCAACUCUUUCAUACUGCAUUGGCAUUGCUUUUGUGCAUGGCAUUUUGGGCUUUUCAAGUCACAUCACGCACUCUCCAAGAUGCCUCCAUAUAUGAGAUGCAUCAACAAUGGAUGGCUCGUCAUGCCAAAGUCUAUAAGAACCCCCAAGAAAGACAAAAGCGUUUCAAGAUAUUCAAGGACAACGUGAAUUACAUUGAAGCUUUCAACAAUGCUGCCAAUAAACCUUACAAGCUAGGCAUUAAUCAAUUUGCUGACCUCACCAAUGAGGAGUUCAUAGCACCCAGAAAUGGAUUCAAGGGGCAUAUGCUGUCCUCAAUCACAAGAACACCCUCUUUUAAAUAUGAAAAUGUGAGUGCAGUACCAUCAUCAAUAGAUUGGAGACAAAAAGGAGCAGUGACACCCAUCAAGAACCAAGGCCAAUGUGGAUGUUGCUGGGCUUUUUCUGCUGUUGCUGCCACCGAAGGAAUCCAUAAGCUGAGUACUGGAAAUUUGAUCUCUUUAUCAGAACAAGAACUCGUUGAUUGUGUGAGUGUAGACCACGGUUGUGAGGGUGGUUUUAUGGAUGAUGCUUUCAAAUUCAUCAUUCAAAAUCAUGGACUCAACACUGAAGCCAAUUACCCCUAUAAGGGUGUUGAUGGAAAAUGCAAUGCAAAUGAAGCGGCCACCCAUGCUGCUACCAUCACAGGGUAUGAGGAUGUUCCUGUCAACAAUGAGAAGGCACUGCAAAAAGCUGUGGCUAAUCAACCAGUUUCUGUCGCCAUUGAUGCCAGUGGUUCUGACUUUCAGUUUUACAAAAGUGGUGUUUUCACAGGUUCAUGUGGAACUGAGUUGGAUCAUGGUGUCACUGCAGUGGGUUAUGGUGUCAGUGAUGAUGGAACUGAGUAUUGGUUGAUUAAGAACUCAUGGGGAACCCAAUGGGGUGAAGAAGGCUACAUUAGGAUGCAAAGGAAUGUGAAUGCUAAGGAAGGACUCUGUGGCAUUGCAAUGCUGGCAUCUUACCCAACUGCUUAA